AUGUGGAAGAUUUUUGCUGGUUUGUGCAUUCGUCGGCCUGUUAUUGUGAGUCCAAUUCUGACACCAUUCCAACGUAAAAUGCGGGAUUUCUACGCUGAUUUAGAGAUUCAACAGAGUCAUCUCUCCGCACACGAAGUUCGUCAUCGCGACGAUCUUGAACGUAUGGCUCAAAGUUCUCGAAGUCAACAAUCCGGUGGAAAGCGGUCCCCUUCUAAUUCACCUCGCCAGCAUCAAUCCAACGAAUCUGUUGCCUCACUUCUCACUGCUAAGGAUAUGGAACUCUCUUGGGAAUCUGGUGAAAAGGAAUUUUGGAACGAAAUCGGCAAAUUAGGUAUCCAACCCAGAGGAGAAAACGAUGAGUUGGAAGGGAGAGGUAAGACGUCUCCAACAAAUACCGCUUGGCGCCACCUUGAUCGCAAUUUGGUUCUCCUGACUCGUCAACGGCUUGGCAGCACGUUCGAUUGGGGUUUACCCGCAGCUGAAGAGCUGGCAAACUCCCUUCUACCUUCUGAAUCGCAUUGGAAAAUUGUAGGAAAUGCUCCUGUAGCUGUGCAUAAGUAUGCCUAUCGUAUGCCCAAUGGCGACAAGCAGCAUGUACAGAUGUACUUCCUAAAUGCCUAUGUAGACAAGCUUUGGAGAGGAGAAAAUGUGAUGGUUGAAAAGAGUUCUGAUGAUGGAAAAAAUCAGGCGAAUUUUGCCUGGUCUACUCUUGAAGAAAUGAAUUCUUUCCUGAGUGACAAAGAACUGCUUAAGCGCCUGCACACUUUCAUUGUAGACUAUUAA